CACUACACUCACUCUCAAAUUCUCAAACCCCUCUUUUGUACCCAUAAAAACACCCAAAGAACAAGUAACUAUACACCAAAAGAAAACAUGGAGAAUGACACAAACACUCAAAUUUCCUCCCUUCCAUUUUCUCAAUCUCCAACAUCUUCACAACCACCUAUGGCUCCUCAAGUAGUCAUGAGUCCUUGUGCUGCUUGCAAGAUUUUAAGAAGAAGAUGUGCUGAGAAAUGUGUUUUGGCACCUUAUUUCCCUCCCACGGAACCUUCCAAAUUUACCACUGCUCACCGUGUAUUUGGUGCUAGCAACAUCAUCAAGUUCUUACAGGAACUUCCUGAGUCUCAAAGAGCUGAUGCAGUUAGUAGCAUGGUUUAUGAAGCCAGUGCAAGGAUAAGAGACCCUGUUUAUGGAUGUGCAGGUGCAAUUUGUCACCUCCAAAAGGAAGUCAAUGAGCUUCAAGCACAACUAGCUAAGUCACAAGCUGAGCUUAUUAACAUGCAAUUACAACAAUCCAAUCUCCUAGCUUUGAUUUGCAUGGAAAUGAAAGAAACUCCAAAUGAAUCUCCACAACAAUCAAUGGACAACUUCAUUUCAAGUCCUGCCUAUAGCAGUGAUUAUCAAAAUAAUCUCAACUUCUUUGAGGACAACACUAGCCAAAAUUCAUUGUGGGAGCCUCUUUGGACAUGAAGUUGAGCAAAUCAAUUAUAAUUUAGAAUCGUUCACGAGAUACAGUAAGAAUUUAAUCUUAUAACCUUAAAGAAUGGAGUUCAAAUCCUCUCAGAGAUAGUUGUAUAAUAACCAUUAUUACCAUUUUAAUCAUCAAUAAUUUUCCCCUUCCCCAAUUUUUAUAAAGAAUAAAAUUACAAUUUUGAUCUAAUAUCAAAGUAACUAGGUUAGCUAGAACAUAUGUUGUAGUAGGUUAAUUCCCUCUAUGAGGAAUAAUAUUAUGGAGACAAUAAUGUUAUGGAGAGCUUAUGUAGGUAGG